AUGGAGGUUUCAACAUUAAAGAAAAUGAUAGAUGAUUUGUGUCUCUGUGAAGAAGUUAAGGUAGAAAAAACAGGUCUCAUCAUUGAUGGUAAUGCUCUGUACUAUUCUUUGUAUUAUACGUCCGAUCCAAAGCUGGACCAGCGCUGUGGAGGAGAUUAUCCUGGAUUCAAACAUGAGGUCUGUCAGUUCUUUAAGACUCUGCAGGAAUGUGAAGUCAAUCCGUACGUCAUCCUGGAUGGUGGCUCAGGGCCCGAGAAGCAUGAAAGAAAUGUGUCUUCUCUAAAAUAUAAACUGAAAAAAGCAAAGACAAUAGCAGAGACUGAGCCUGAUGGCACUUUACCAGAGGCAUAUAAUGUGUUACCCCCUUUGGUCAAAGAUGUCUUCAUAGAAAUCUUAAGGGAAAAAGGCAUAGAGUUUAAACAGUGUUUAGGAGAGGCAGACCCCGAGGUUGUUUCCGAGGCAAAUCAGAAACAAUGUGCUGUGCUGUCCAUUGACAAAGAUUUUUACAUCUUUGAUGUGCACAAAGGUUUCCUUUAUCUCGACAAUUUUGAGUGGAAAAAAGAAGAGGAUGGAAAGAUUCCUGCUAAGAUCUACAAACGUUCAAAGUUUUGUCAGCAUUUUAAAUUGGACCCUGCUCUCAUGCCAGUCUUUGCUUCAAUAGCAGGAAAUGAUUAUUCAAGAUUAGAAGACAAUGGUGCUUUUGCAAAGGAAUCAUCUUCACCCGGUGAGUACGGCAUUAAAAGACUGGAUGGUAUGCUCAGCUUUUUAAGUAAAGUGAACCUGGAUGGCUUGGACGACUCACAGAAGAGAGAACGUGCUCUGAGUAAAGCUUUAAAUCAUGUUGGCAAAGAAGAGAACCAAACAUUCAAACUCGCCAUUAAAAAAUACGUUAAACCAGAAAAAACAAGUUCUAAGUUGCCACCAUGGGUGUGUGAAAAAGUUGAGCAUGGAGAACUCACCAGUUUCACCACAAGUGUUGUGGAUCAGAAGACAAUUCUGCUGACCCCACUUGUAGAGGACUUUUCACAGCACAGUAGUUACACAGCUGCUUACCGCAUCAGACAGUACUUCUAUGGACUGUUAACAGGAGGUGAGAUGUGCACUGAAUAUGGCAGAGAUGGAGAAGAGAUCAAAGACUAUCGUGUCCCAUCAAUACUUCCCAGCAGUGAUGAACAGAAACAACUGAAACUACAGCGUCUGCAUAAGACUCCUGAGGGUUUGCGUCGCAGGGUGUUUGAACAAGCUCUGCAGGUUCAGACUUCAGACUUAGAAAACAUCCCCGACCAGCUGAAACUGCCAGUCUGUGUGACUGUUUUCUGGUUCAAGAGGCUACAACACCACCCAAAACCUGAAACUGUAAACUGCCUCCACGCUCUCCUACUGUGGUUUGUGUGUGAGCCUGAUGGUCCAGAGGACGAGUUUGAGAGGAAGAUGAAAGCUUUAAAGGAUGAAGGUGUGAGUAACUGGCAGCCAUGUGUGGCUCAUGCUUUCAGCCAAUGGCAGUGCUGCAUGAGGCAGAGCCUCCACCUGAACCAGCUGCUGUGUUCCCCUCUACCAGAACCUCAGUGUGCACGACUUUACUGUGGACCUCUCCUUCAUCGGCUGGCAGAUAAAGACACAAUUAAACAACUAGAGAAAACACUGAGAGGAGAAAAGAAGGAAUUAUAUAAAUAUUUAAAGACCAUUCUUAAACCAAAAAGUACUGGAGAGGGGUCCUCAAGUGAGGAAGAAUGCCAACAACUGCAGAAGACUGAGGAAGAGGAGAACUCAGAUGAAGAUCUCGUAACCAGUCUAGACAAUCUAGACAUUGUAGAAACAACUCUGGUUAUUGGCGAUUCUGCACUCAGAAAUGUGCAGCUAGAGACUCCAGGAACCAUGAUCAUAUGCAUUCCAGGAGCAACAGCACCUGUCAUUGAGGCUAAUCUGAGACUGUUGGCUAGAUUUCGAAAGAUUGUAAUUCACGUUGGCAGUAAUGAUAUCCAGCUACAGCAAUUUGAGGACUCUAAAAAUAGUAUUGCAUCUGUUUGUAACUUUGCCAGAACAAUGUCAGACACUGUAGCUUUCUCUGGUCCCUUCCCCAAUGAGACCAUGCUGUCACUGAACCGCUGGCUGUCGGAGUGGUGCUCAGAAAACAGUGUGGUAUUCAUAGAUAACUGGCAAACCUUCAGCGAAAACCCUGGUCUUAUUGAGGAAGAUGGCAUCCAUCCCACUUUGGAUGGUGCAGCUCUCCUUUCUAGACAUCUGGAUGAAUUUUUAAGUUAA